AUGGUGGGUUCUACAGCGGUUGGCACCCCUCGGGGGUCGGUUGCCACGACUGGCGUCUCAACAGCGGCAGCAGGAGCUGCUGGAUGCUCGCCUGGUGCCGCUCUAAACAACAGCAGCAACGGCUACAGCAACAGCAGCUGCUGCAAUGGAGUGUCUGCAUUUAAGUCUGUUUUGCCUCUAGAAGCCUCUAUAUCGGACAUUGUGCACCGAAUAGCACAGGAAGUGCUGCAGCCAAUCCUCGUCCCGUCGCAGCAGCCCUCCCCCCCGUCGCCUUUCACAUUCACACACCUGGAUCAGCUGCAACAGAUGUUGCAGCAGCGCUGCCCAAGCAGCAGCAGCAGCAAUACAGGCACACCAAGCCGUCGCGCAGCGGGAGGCGUGGCGGCCGCUACUGCAGCUUGCCGUGGCAGCAACUCUGCAGCAGCAGCAGCAGUAGCGACAGGGACAGCAGCAGCAGCAGGAGGCUCACGUUCUGAGGUUAGUGGUGCUGCAGAGAAUUUGUCUUUUCCAUCCGCACAGCCGCCCAGGUGUAUAGACAGCCGGUCGCUGCUGGCGCUGGUCCCCCAUGACGGGCGGCUGUUGGGCCAGGAGGCGCUGGGGGGCCUGGCUAUGGCGGUUGCUGCUGCUCUCAACACGGUGCAGCUGCUAACUCCAGAAGAGAGAAUCAAAUGCCGCAUGCUGCCGCCUGAUCGUUCCUAUGAAACAAACUACAGAUGUCCUACACUCGCUGCAGCAGCAACAGCUGCUGCUGCAGCGAGCACAUAG